UAACAUCAACAAAGAACUGUCAGUUGUCACGUCGCUAUGAAACAUGGCAGAAGCGGGCUUUUCUGACGACGGAAAAUAUUAUUCCGCAAUCUCCCAAGACGGUAGAUUACGGGUGUGGGACACAGAAACUAACAUAUUAAAGCAAGAAUAUACUCCAGAUCUACAUUUAACGUCCCCACCGUCAUGUUUACAGUACAUAAGCGUCCGACACUCUGCGACUCCAAAACAAAAAGGAAAACGGCCAUCUAUAAGCGCAGAGGAGACACAAUGUAUAGCUUUAGGAACUACGAGUGGGAAGAUCCUUAUAUAUUCUAUAGCAGAGGCGAAAGUCGAGUCAAUGUUAGUAGCAGAUAAAAGUCAUGACUAUCAUCAAAGUAAGGUGACUGCGCUGGACUGGAGCAAGAAGUAUGGCCUGUACAGCUGCAACAGAGAGAGUAAAGUGUUUGAAUGGGACUUACAGAGUGGUGCAGUUAGGAAUAAUUAUAAUAUUAGUGUUGAGAGUAAUAUGAAGCAAGGAAACAUUGUUAGUGCCAUCAAAAUGGUCCCUCAUACACAGAACACACCAGCGCGUUUCCUGGUGGCAGCAUCAUGGCAGGUCAGGCUGUGGCGCCUACACAAUGGAGACACGAGCCUCGUCAAGAGCUUCGGUCACAACACUGCACAAACCUCCCUACUGUGUCUGGUUGGUUUGAAUGCCUCCUGCUGGCUUGUUGAGGGUUCGAUAAAUGAGCGCCUCCUCUCCUUCUGGGAUGUGACCAUCACAAACGACCACAUACCCCAGGUGAAUGGUGAUGAACCAACCCCAAAGCGACAGAGAAAGAAGUCCCUCAACAAGACCCCAGUGGAGACCACUCCGAUGUACAGCUUCGUGUUGGAGGACGCGCCGCGGAUGGUAGAUGCGGUGCUGAAGGAGCAAGAUGGAACAGAGUUGCAGCUCGCUGCCACCACUAGGAGUGGUGUCGUGCAUUAUUAUGGACAUAUGUUGAAUGGUUCAUCAACGAAGCCCAUAAAGCCAUCAGUGACUAUCCAAGUGACAAGUGCGGAUGCUCACCCCAUGCCGGCGCAGUGCUGUCGCCUGCAGGCAACCGGAGACCUUGUGCUCGGUUACACCAAGGACCCCGCCAUGAUGUUUGAGAGAGUGACGCCAGAUUUGAAAACAAAAACCCAAGUAAUAAUAAGAGGGGACGCUAAAGAGGGCAAGAAGAAACAGAAGAAAGCAAACGAAGUGAACAAAGUGCGGUCGGACGCGAACAGCAACGACGUCACGUACGUGGAGCCCAUGGGCGGCGUCGCGAGGAAACGAGUCGUGCCGGGCGGCGAGGUGGAAGUACCAAUGGAGGCGCGGCUAGAAAACCUUUCACUGGACAUUACUAGCAGAAGAAAAACGGCCGUCAGCGAGAACCUGACCAAACUACUCAUACAGGGGCUGCAUUCUAAGGACAAGAGUAUAAUCCUAACGGUGCUGCAGCAAGACAACCCUCGCGUGGCGGACAGCACGGUCUCCUCGCUGCCGGCGGACUACGUGCCGCUGCUUUUGGAGCAACUAGUCGACAUGGCCGGCAAGAAGACUAGCCAAUGUGCGUCGGUGUGCACGUGGUGCGGCGCGCUGGUGCGUCGGCACGCCGCCCUCCUCCUCGCCGCACUCGGCGCCGCGCCCGACCACCACCUCGCGCAACUGCUCGCCAUCUUCACGCACAGACGGUCCCACCUAUGCCAGCUGCUGAACCUGAAGGGCCGCGUGGAGCUGACGGUGUCGCAGCGCAACGCUGCGCAUGCGCCGCAGGACCAGCAGGACGCCGUGCUGGACUACAAAGACACAUCAUCAGACGAGGAGAUGGAGGUGGAGCAGUACCAGUCGGACAGCGCGCACUCGUGGAACGAGAGCGACGAAUCGGAACAUUCCUCAGACGGGGAAUAAAUGUAUUUACUAUA